AUGUUCUGCAAACAAUUGUUAGCUGCCGCCGCGGCAAUUAGCAUGGUGUCUGGUGUUGUUGGUGUGAGCUGUGAUGGCCCGACUGCGACAAUCCGAUCAGCUGCUGAUGCCACAGAAAUCGCCAAAUGCGACUCAGUCGACGGUGAUGUCAUCAUUGACACCAAUGCUGGACCCGAUAUCGACCUUAGUGGAAAGCUCAAGGAAAUUGGUGGCGACCUCAGGGCCGAGAACAAUGGUCUUUUGGCUACCCUCAGGAGUGACUCUCUCCAAACUAUCGGAGGUGUCUUCGCUCUGAAGAAUGCUACCCACAUCUCUACCCUCACCUUUCCCAAGCUCAACGAGGUUGGCUCUAUUGACUGGUCCACCUUGAACUCGCUACCUGAGCCCACCUUCGGAACCACCGGUAUCACUAAGGCCAAGAGUGUCGUGAUUGCCGAUACUUUCAUUGAGAGCAUCAAUGGCAUCAAUGUCCAGUCUCUUACUGACAUGAACAUCAACAACAACCGACGGUUGACCAAGUUCUCUUCCAGCAUUAAGAGCCUUAGCAACACCCUGUAUGUAACCGCCAACGGUCUUAACCUUACUAUGGAGAUGCCGAACUUAGAGUGGAUCGCCAACAUGACGAUUGCCAACGUCACCUCUUUCUCGGUCCCUUCUCUGCACACCGUGAACGGUUCUAUGCGCUUCGACUCCAACUACUUCGAGACUUUCACCGCCGCCAACUUGACCGAGAUCAAGGAUGGUGAUUUGUCCUUCGUCAGCAACCCUCAACUCACGAACAUUACAAUCCCCGCCUUGAAGCGCAUUGGUGGUGGUUUCACUAUUGCCAACAACACUGCUCUGGAGAAGCUCGACGGCUUUAGCAAGCUCAACGAAAUUGGCGGUGCCGUCAAGGUCCGAGGCUCUUUCACUGAGGUCGAUCUUCCCAGCCUUAAGGACGUCAAGGGUGCCUUCCAAGUUGUCAGCACUGAGGACAUCACGAAGUCUUGUGACGAUUUGAAGAGCCUUGAUGGUGGUGUUGUCCAGGGACGCUACGAUUGUGAGGGUAAGGUCGCCGAUGCUAACAACGAUACCUCUUCCGCUUCCAGCCAGGGUUCUGGUAGCAGCAGCGAUGACAAGGAUAGCGCGGCGUCCUUUAACGUUGUUUCUACCAGUCUUGUCACCUUGGCUGCUCUUAGCGGUGCUGUUGCCGCUUUCUUGUAAUAAACGGAUGUUUUUGGGGCGGAACGUGGCGGCAUACCCAACAUUCCUUUUUCCAGUGUCAUAAAACCUGUUGUCGUUUGAGGGGUUGCAAUUUGCAACUGGGCUACGUAUAAGGAACCGCUAGACUUAAUAUUGAUGCAUGUGCUACUUGGCAGAUGGUUUUCGUUCGUCAAUUGUGAAAUGGUUUAAUGAGAGCGGGUUUGUAAAUACCUGGUGAAUUUGCGUUUUUUUUUUUUUUUCAUUCCGUUAUUAUCUUGCGUUAUUAUGCAAGUCUAAUAUUUCUGAUUGUACUAAGUGUUAGGUAUCUUAUGGUACUAUGGCGGAACAAGCAGUGUGAUGCGGUCCCAAUUAUGACAUUGCGAGCCUUUUGGUCUGGAAGCAGUAUAUGCAGUAUUCGGUUUAAGUAUUCCGAAGGCUUCAAUAGGAGGUACUAUAGUAUACCCGGUAUGAAAACAUGACUCGAUUAUAUAUAUAAGCAGUUUACCCAGUUGAU